AUGGAAACCAACACAGGAUUUGGCACAAUAGGGCCACCUCCUUUGCUCGACUGUCUGCCUCCAGAGUUUUACAAGAAAAUCGCAGAGUACCUAAGCCCCCAAGAGUGCAAGAUUCUGAGCCAAUGCAAUAGUACUCUCCAAUUCAUUUUCCGACCUAUUUCAUGGAACCGAGUCGAAAUUGUCCCAGCAGGAUUUGUUGAUACAAAAACUGAUUUGGCCUUUUCUUAUAACCGGCCAUUACCUGCAAAAGUCUUAGAACAACCAAACAAGUAUCAUUGGUUCUCAAGCCAUUACGUGAGGUUUGUGUUGAUGGAUAAAGCAGAGCCUUAUCUCUUGUCCUUUUUCGCAGUGCGCCAGUUCCCCUUUUUGCAAAAAAUCAAGUUCCGGUAUUUUCCAACUGAUAGUCUUAUUGAAACCAUUGUUUCGCAAAAAUACAUUUGCUUGAUUCCUGGAUUUUAUCCAAUGACACAUAUCUUAAGUGUUGAUCUACAUUUUAGCCCUUCAGACAAUUGCAACUCUUUAUUUUUCCAGCAACCAUUUGUUGAGACAAUAACGUCCCUUAAUCUUUCGGAUGUUUUCCUAUCAACUGAACAAUUCCCCUCAUCAAUUGCUUUUACAAAUCUGGAAAGUAUCGACAUGUUUGAAAUAAGUGAUGAUGUCUUUGAAUACAUCAUCAGACAAAUAUCUAAAAGCCCAAAUCUUAAACGUUUCUUUUCCCAUCACUGGAUGCAUAAAGAUUCGCCACCAGUACUAGUACAACAAUCUUUUGUACAUUUAACCAGACUACCCAGAACUUUAGAGCAAUGCAAUAUAACCCUCCAGUAUCCAUUUUUCCCAGAAGAUGACCGGACUUUAAUAGACAUGGAAACAUACCAGCAACAAAUGGAUAUAAUCAGUCUGCCGCAAGUUACCUCGUUAACGUUUCGGUUUGGAAUGAAGGCAUUUAAAGAUUUAUGUAGAUACUUUUCUUUCCCUCGUUUACAACAAUUAUCAAUAGUAAGUCAAAAACACGAUCCAAUUUCUGCAGGGCUAGUAUCGGUGGCCCACACACUGACUAAACUUUCACUCAGUAUGCACCGCGACAAUGUUUUUUCUUUGAUUAAUAUCUUAGAUUCGCUUAACUUACUUAUGUGUUUAAGCAUUGAAGUGGAAUCGCCAACUUUACGUUACUUUUCUGAAAUCCAGCCUUAUUUACUGGGGACCAUGAGAAUCUACCAUACACUUGGACGCGUCCCCACUGCGGGACUACAAACACUUUUAAAGCAAAAUAAAUCAUUAUAUCAAGUGCUGUGUCAAAUACCUAACCAGAUGGUGAAACAACGGCAUCAGCAGAGUCUCCCUGGCUAUCCACACCGCCACCAACACCAUGAAUCUAAUAGUAGCUCUCACAAUCAGCAAACGGAAACAAUCACCCGUAUGGAUGCAACAAUGGCGUUCAGGGCUUUGGUUGCACUUGUGGAAGACCCCCAAACAGCAUACCGGUAUUUUAACGGCGGGGGCUGGGUGGGUUCCAGUGAGCUUGCAACCUUGGCAUUUUUUGAGGUUCUUUUUGAAAAACUCCAACAAGUCACAUCGUUGCAGUAUUUGGCAAUCAACGUUGGCGGAAACUUUUUCCAACCAUCAGUAAAGUUAGAUCGGUUACUGAGAGAAAGUACAGGUGAUUUAAAACAAGUACUACUCAACUUUCAAAACUACGAACACAAUACGAUUCCCCUGAGAGAAGGAAAUAAAGGCGGUAGAGAAUCUCAAGAAAUAAAAGGUGAUUCUUCAGUAUGGGGAUUAUUUCAAGACAAUUCUGGUAUAGAUGAGAUUGAGCAUGCUCGAGAAUCGUUUUUGUUUUGCAAUUACGGUAUUAUCCCUAGAAUUGCAAACAUGGUAGAGCUGAACAAUGGGCAGUUGGUACUGUAUGAUUUGGGACUCAAGCGCCAGUUUUUAAGUAAGUUUGACAUGAUAAGAAUUUCUCAAGAAGAUAUCUUAAAAGACACGUUUGAUGGAUGGAUAUAA